AUGCUGUGCGGAAGCCGGCAUCACGUGGCCCUGCCUAGCAUCCUAUCCGGCUCCCUUACCGCAUCUUCUCCGUCGCCUUUUCAGCAUCAUCGUAACACUGCUAUUUUCUCUUUUCUCCUACAAAAUUCUCCUGGUCUUAUUCUUCUCGACUAUUGCACCUUAGAGUGCCACUUCCGGGAAUCCCUGGAUCAGCUCUCAGAGGCACUAUCAGCCCUUUACACCAUGGACCUCCAGGAAACCCAACGGAUUCUCUCCGAGUACGUCCAUGAACUUGCCAAUUUAUUCCAUCAAAUCCCGGGGUCAGCGAUUGUUCUGCGCUAUAUAAAAUCAAGUUAUCAAGAUGAUCCAAUUAGAUCUGCGGUUGAAUUAUUCCUUUUCCUUUUCGCUGUGCGCUAUCUCCUCGCUCCAAAGUACUCGACUAAGCCCGGUGUGGUUCAACUCUCCGAGGAUGAGAUCGAUGACCUGGUGGAUGAAUGGACGCCAGAGCCAUUGGUAGGAGAACUCACUGCGUUCGAAGCAAUGGAGGUUGAAAAGCGACCGGUAAUUGUCAGCUCGGUCGGACCCAAGUCUAAGUUGUCGAAUGGCCGUACGGUUAUUAACCUUGGAUCGAAUAACUUCUAUAACUUGAAUGCGAAUGAGAGUUUCAAGGACAAGGCAGCCCUGACUUUGCGUAACUAUGGAGUAGGCCCAUGUGGCCCGCGAGGAUUUUAUGGCACUCAGGAUAUUCAUUUGAAGACGGAAGCGGAUCUUGCGUCCUUCCUCGGUGUUGACUCAUCUAUCAUUUACUCUCAAGCGUUUUCCACGAUCUCGAGUGUGAUCCCGGCCUUCUCCAAGCGUGGGGAUAUUAUCGUUGCGGAUAAAGGCGUAAGUUUUGCUAUCCGCAGGGGUAUCCAGAUCUCACGCAGUACGGUUCGGUGGUAUGAGCAUAACGACAUGGAGGAUUUGGAAAGAGUCUUAGCAAAGGUCACCAAGGAACAGAACAGGAAGAUGUUAACCAGAAGAUUCAUCAUCACGGAAGGACUGUUUGAGUCAUAUGGCGAUAUGGUAGACCUACCAAAGCUCAUUGAGUUGAAACUCAAGUAUAAAUUCCGACUGAUCCUGGACGAGACGUGGUCGUUUGGUGUUCUCGGACGGACCGGUCGCGGCGUGACGGAACAUCAGAAUGUUGAUGCAGCCGAAGUUGAUAUGAUUGUUGGGUCAUUAGCUGGCCCUCUGAUUGCUGGAGGAGGCUUCUGUGCUGGAUCAGAGGAGAUUGUCAGCCAUCAGCGUAUCUCAGCUGCAGCAUACACUUUCUCAGCGUCGCUGCCUGUACUGCUUUCAAUGACAGCUAGCAUGUCGAUCAAUCAUCUUCAGAAUAAUCCGGAGACCGUUGCGCAACUGAGGGAAUAUACAAAAGCGCUGCGGGCGCAGCUUGAUCCUCGCAGUGAUUGGGUCUACUGCACCAGCGCCCCGGAAAACCCUGUGCUUAUUCUCGUGUUGAAACCAGAGGUAGUUUCCUCAAAGAGGCUCUCAGUCGAGGAUCAGCAAUUUUUGCUUCAAGAUAUAGUUGAUGAGUGCCUUGUGAAUGGUGUCCUUAUAACUCGCCUCAAGACACUUGACGAUAACUUCGAACCAAAACAGAUCGUCCCCCCAGCCUUGAAAGUUUGCGCUACACUUGGUCUUACAAAGAAAGAAAUCGAGAAGGCCGGAACUACCAUCCGACAUGCGAUUACAAAAGUCUUGAGCAAGAGGAAGUGA